GUUGUCAAAUUGAUUCCAACGCUUUCAACACUUUCCAGGUCAGCACGCAGAAUUCACGAACUUAGUGCACAUUUUGCCUUUAAUUAAAAUUAAACACAUACAUUAAAAUGCCUGCUCCUGCAAGUUCGACGUCCGUUGGCAGCGGUUCACGCUCGCCCAGCAAACUGUCGGCGCCACGUAGCGCUGGCGCUGGCGGCGGCAGCACUCUGAAACAACGAAAGACGACAACAACAACGGCGGCCAGGAGUCGUGCUCCAGGCGGAGCAGGCACUGGUGGCAUGUGGCGUUUCUACACAGAUGAUUCUCCCGGCAUUAAAGUUGGUCCAGUUCCAGUUCUGGUCAUGUCGUUGCUGUUCAUCGCCUCUGUCUUCAUGCUGCACAUUUGGGGAAAGUACAACCGUUCUUAGACAGUUCAUCGUAGCAAAUAAAUACUUUCACCUCAACGGACGCGCCGCGACACACAAUUUUGUCGACGUCAUCAGAUUUCUCACAGACAGUUGCCAAAACAACAACAAAAAUAAUUGAACUAUCGCAGCUAGCACUGUAGUAUCUGCAUUCCGUUGGUUGAGGCAUUGUGUUUUCCACUUGAAAUUAAUUAUUGUCUAAGCUUAAGUUACCCGUCGUUAAAUGAUAAACUAAAUUGUAUACAUAAUUUGUCAAAAUUUUCUAUUUACUUUGCUGCAAAGUUCUUUUGUUUGGAGUUUGUGGCAGAUAAUCCAUUCCACAAUUUAUGGUGGCCAUGUUCAUGUGCAUUACUUUCGCGCUUCACAGACGCAGUUCAAUAGUUUAAAAAGUGUUAAGAACAAAUGAAUUUGGUAUUAAACGAGUAAAAAUAA